GAAAUGUACUCUGACGCACAUAACGUUAUGUAAAACAGGCUAUGUGAAUAAGGAAGCGACUGAAGUGUAAACUUAAAGGAACAGUGUAAACAGACUUUUUUGAAACGUUGAGUGUGGCUGGGGCGGAAAGUGGUUGGAGAGAGUGCGGGGUAGCAAACUCCUGUAAAGCUUUCUGAUUGAGCCGAGAGUUGCGCCAAUGGCGUACGACACAGCUGGCAACGACAGGAGUGGAGGGGAGCCUGCUUGGGUCAUGCAUCAAAUGCAGGCAAGCUCUAAACCGCACUUGCCAUCACAUUUUAACUCGGAGAAUAAUAACUGGAACGGCACCAUGGAUUCGACGCCAUACUCUGGAUAUCCCUCUAACUAUUGGUAUCCCCAGUCGCAUACGACAGGACCUUAUGGAAAUGCGUAUCCUCCAGGCACGGAGGUAAACGGGCAACCGCCCUAUCAGCAGCUGUCUGCGUACCCCAAUGGUGUUUACAAUCCUCAACAGUACUCCACAAAUAUGCUUCAUCCAUCCAAUCCGUUCUACUGUGCUGAACAAAUGCCACCCCGGCAGCCUCAUUACCACAAUCAAGGCUGUCCUGAACGAAGUGCAGCACAACCAGCACCGCCUCCUUAUCCUGUUCAACACUGUCAAGGGGGCCCUGGCUACCAUCCAGGCUCUUACCAGCACUAUGGAGAGGGGGGUCCCACGAUGCCCCAGAAUCCUCCAUACCCGGGCCAGCAAGCCAUGCACUCCAGAGCCCCACAACCAGAAGCAUGGGCUCAUUCUGGGGGCUACAGCCCCUCUCCAGCCCCACAACAGCAGUGGCAGCCCGGAAACCAGGCGCCACAUGGUCCCUAUGGCAACCACGUCAGGCCUCCCCACCCCCCUCCAUGGCAAGGACCAGCCCCUCCUCCAUAUGAGCACAAGGACCAUCAGUUCUCUGGGCAGCAUCCACAGGCUCGUCCACAGCCCCUUGGGCCCAAACCUCGACCCAUCACGCCCAACCAGGCCCAGGGCAAGCCCACAGAGUUCAGUGCUCCCCCUCAACUUUACAAGCCAGGAGGCGGGAAGUUGCAGGAGUCCAAGCCAGCUCAAGCUGAGCCUCCUCCUCAGGCACCCAACCCUACCAGAGCUCCCCCAGGCCCCCAGCUGAGUGACAACCCCAGUCUAGCCCGCGUCCAGCAGGUCAUGUUCCGGGUACAGCUGCUGCAGGAGGAUGUGGACGAGUUUGUGGGCAAAAAGACGGACAAAAGCUACCGGUGCCUGGAGGAGCUACUGACCAAAGAGCUACUGGUGCUGGACUCAGUGGAGACCAACGGCCAGGAAGUGGUCCGGCUGGCCCGCAAGGAUACGGUGCAGAGGAUCCAGGGUAUACUGGACCAGCUGGAGAAGAAGGCCUUCUGAUCUGCGAGAGAGAGCGAGAGGGAGAAAGGGAUAUGGAAGGGAAAUGUGAAAGCCUGGAUGUUGAGGUUCUCCAGAUAUUUUUUUUCCAUUUUCUUUUUCUGUUGUCUACAGGCACUCUGUACACUGUGCUCCUUUUCCCUUGCACUGAUCAUUUCAGUUGACAGCAUGAAUUAUGAUGUUAGACUUUGGGCCUUUUGUCUCAUCUCUUUGAAGCUUUCUUCAUUGAAGCUUACUUCCUGUAAAUCUAACACAGAUAAAAAUGCGGUACUUUGCAGUUAAUAAUGAUACUGUUAAUGGGAUUAGAUCUGACUGCUGUUGUCAAUACAUCAUUUUUUUUUUCUCAAAUGAUUAGAUAUUGAGGAUCACAGAUCAGUCACUGUAACAGUGGACAUCUUUGUUUUCACUGGAUCAGCAUGUGGAACAUGCUGACACUGCUGUUGUCCAUCCUCUCGAAACCUUCUAGCUGGUGUUCCCCUCCUGAUACAUAUCCCAGCAUCCUUUGUUCUCUAUCUCCCCACGACCAUUUCCUUUCCCAGUCUCAGUUCCAGAGUGGGCACUAAUGCACACUGGGAAGAUUUGGCCAAAGAAUUGUCCUUGUUCAUUUAAUCUGAUUAUGUGUAGUGUUUUCCAAAACAAUAUCAGCAGUUGACAUUGGCAACAUUUCCGAGAGCAAAGUUGUAGCAGUAGGGCCAAAGCCAUUUGCCACAACCCAGGAGGUUACAGUACUUCAGAAUAUGUAUUGAGUUUGUUGUCCCUAAGUUUUAAAGUAAGAGAAGAUGAAGAAAAACCCAAUCCCAUUCCUACGCUUGUUCCUGCUUGGUGUGAUUUUUUUUUUUUUUUUGGCAGUGUCGUCAUGUUGUAACACUUUUCUAAUUUGGAACGGUCCUUUGUAUCUUUUCAGCUCGUUCUUCUUGUUCACAACAUGUUUUGCGAUGAGCGUCCACAUUUCUCAUGUGGUUUUACUGACUGCGCCCUUCUGUCUAUUAGUAUACACGUGUAUAUAAAAACUCCUACUGCAUCUGGAGUGGGUUUCUUAUUUUUGCACUUGAUCAGACGAUGCAGCCUAAUUCAGAGAGUGCCCCGGCACAGCCUUUAAGUAAACACCUGUUGGUGCCCUUUCUAAUAUGAUUUCAUAUCUGCUCACAUCUCGUAUUCCUUUGAAGUCCUCUGCUGGAGUACCUAACGCAUCAUACUGAGUGCUUUUAGUGGGAAGUGGAUCUGUUUAUAAGAGUAAAGAUAUUUAGACCUCUUGAUGAGGUAUAUACAUAUAUGUAUGUAUGACAAUUUUUUUUAGAGAAAACAUCUGUUUAAACGACGAGUACUAUAUAAAUAUAUAUUCAACAUUAACAUGAAAGAGACAAAGCGGGUUGUUUCAUGGCACUUUUCAAAACAACCAGACAAAAGUACCUUUAACAUCACACUUUGCACCAAAGUCACCCCCUGGCCACCUUCUGCUGGUCCUCUUCCAGAUCACAAGCAUAUCUGUCCUGUUUCUCUUUCUGAAAGAUUUGUGCCAUACUAUCAGCAGGUGCUUUUAUAUAUAAAGAAAAAAAACUGGAGAUGUGCAUGGACAGUAAUGUUUAAAUUGUGUUGAUCAUUGUGUUAUUUCUCUCUAAUCCUGUAAAUAAUCUGUCUCGCUAUCAAACAGAAACGUAUAUGUAUCUACACUUUACAUGCAACAUGAGAGAUAUAUUUGUAUAAGGUAGAAAACACAGAAAUCCUAAGGACCAACAAUCUGCCUGCAAUUGUUUCUAUAUGUAAUGCAUGGUUUUGGCCACAAAGGGGUGCUGUUUUCCUAAUAAGUGUAGGAAAGCAGCAUUGGUGGUGAAUCACAUUAAAUCUAUCAGGACAUUGUUAA